CAAUCAAAGCGUGAGCACUAGCCGAUGUCAGACAGGAGUCUGUACGAAUCACUCCCUCUACCUCUGUCGCUUGGCGGUUCAGCGCUGGGUUUUCGGCCAAGGCUGGUCCGGAUUGCAGCAAAAGUUCUCGGCGACAGUUGACUUUGUUUCGGUGAACGAGAUUUAAAAAUCGGCCACCGUUCUGGUGCUUGCCGCUGCCGAGGUUUGCUGGACCUGGCUGGACCGAGCAGCACCGGGAGAGAGAGGACGCUGCACUCCGUUGCCAGAUGCGGAGGAGCAGGGCCCCGUCAAGAAUUCUCUCGCCCGGAGGAAGCAGUGGCAGCAACAACAACAACAACAACAAUGGCUUCGGCAUUGAAGGCGGGGCUUCCUCUUCCUCCUCCUCCUCCUCCUCCUCCUCCUCCUGCGGCCGCAGCGGCGGUGGAGGCAACAAGUCGGCGGCGGCAUCUUCGCAGGAGAUGAAGCGGGUCAACACCGCGGCGCUGCGGCAGGGGAGCGUGAGCGUCGUGCGGGCGCCGCUCCUGGGCUGCUUGACCGUGCCGCGGGGAGGUGGGCUCGUGGUCGGGGCGUUCAAGCUGCCGGGAGGCGCGCGGCGCACGGACAAGAGCAAGGGCCUCCUCCGAAGGAAGUCGCUGGGGGUGCGGCGGCCGGCGACCUUCAUGACCUCCUCCAAGUUCCGUCCGCCGAGCCCCCCGGACGCGGCCGUGAGCGGGGAGUUCGAUCUCCAGGAAGGGGAAGAUGAGGGAGACGGAAAUAGGGCAGAAGCGGAGGCUACCCCUACCGAUGAGGCGGACACCUUCGAGCCCCUGGUGCUGUGGGAGGAGGGGCCCGGGGAGGACGAUCAUCGCAUCAGCGUCGACCCGCGGCUGUGCAAGUUUCUUCGGCCCCACCAGAGGGAAGGAGUGCAGUUCAUGUUCGAGUGUGUGAUGGGCAUGCGGGAGUUUGAGGGCAGCGGGUGUAUCCUGGCCGACGACAUGGGCCUCGGGAAAACUCUCCAGAGCAUCGCGGUGCUGUGGACCCUGCUCAAGCAGGGCAAGGCCAAGGGCCAACCGGCCGUAAGGAGAGCCGUCGUCGUCUGCCCCACCAGCCUGGUGAAGAACUGGGAGGCGGAGAUCGACAAGUGGCUCAAGGGGGACUGCCGCGUGAUCGCCCUCAGCGAGACGACGAGGGAGCAGGUGGUUCAGAGCAUCAACCUCUUCCUGGCGAGCAUGGUGUACAGGGUGCUCAUCGUAUCCUACGAGACGUUCAGGCUUCACUCGAAGCGUUUCUACGCAAAGGCGGACACCUGCUGCGACCUACUCAUCUGCGAUGAGGCUCACCGGCUAAAGAACGCUGACACCGCUACCAAUCAGGCGUUAUCGGCCCUCAAGUGCCGGAAGAGGGUGCUGCUAUCGGGAACCCCGAUGCAGAACGACUUAGAGGAGUUCUACGCCAUGACGGACUUCACCAACCCCGGGGUACUCGGCAGCGGCGCGUCGUUCCGCAAGAAUUUCCUGUCGCCCAUCCUGGCCGGGCGAGAGCCGUCCGCCACCGACAAGCAGGUGGAGCGGGCGCAGAAGUGCCAGAACGCGAUGUCAACGGUAGUCAACGAGUUCAUCCUCCGGCGCACCAACAACAUCAACGCCAAACACCUUCCGCCCAAGCUUGUCCAGGUGGUGUGCUGCAGGCUGACCCCGGUCCAGACGAAGAUCUACAAGCACCUCCUGUCCUCAAAGGAGAUCAGGCACAUCCUCAACGGCAAGCAGACCAACAUCCUGUCCAGCAUCGGCGCGAUGCAGAAGUUGUGCAACCACCCGAAGCUUCUCGUGGAAGGCGCCGCAGGGAGGGAUUCGGGGGGCCACGCAGAGAUCGCGAGCAUGCUGCCUGCGGAGACGUCCUCUUCUGCUGCCUUGGCGGGGGGGGUUGGGGGGCGGGGGAUGUCGGGCGGAGGGGGUUUCGGAAGGAGGAGCUCGGGGGGGAUGCAGAAGGGCGUGUUCCCCGAAUGGUCUGGAAAAAUGGAAACCCUCUUCCGGCUGAUGAGGGAGAUGAGGAACACUGGAGACGACCGCAUCGUGGUCGUGUCCAACUUUACGUCCAGCCUCGACCUCAUCGGCUCCAUGUGCCGAGAAAACUCAUGGCCGUUCGUGCGAUUGGACGGGAGCACGGGGGUGUCGAAGCGACAGAAGAUGGUGAACGCCUUCAACGAACCCGGCCCUCAGAGCUUCGCCUUCCUUCUGUCCAGCAAAGCAGGAGGGUGCGGGCUCAACCUGAUCGGUGGCAACCGUCUGGUGCUGUUCGACCCAGACUGGAACCCCGCGGUGGACAAGCAGGCGGCGGCGAGGGUCUGGCGCGACGGGCAGAAGAAGCGGUGCUUCGUGUACAGGUUCGUGUCUACGGGAACGAUCGAGGAGAAGGUGUUUCAGAGACAGCUUUCCAAGGAGGGGCUCCAGAACAUCGUCGACGACAAGGAAGAGGUGAACUCCCUGUCGUCGAAGGAUCUGAAGGACCUGUUCAAGCUGUAUGAGGGAACCCCUUCGGACACCCACGACAAGCUUCGCUGCAAGAGGUGCAACAUCGACGAGGCCGUUCAGGCGGUCAAGGACAUCGACGAGUCGGGGCUGCGGCGGGCGCUGCCCCAGCAGCUGGCCCUGUGCGAGGAGCUUCUUUCCGAGCUGUCAGCGCUUCCGGAGGGGGCCACGUUCUUGCACCAAUGGGAUCCGGAAGAAGAAAACGUGACGGCAGAGAACUUCGCGAACGCAGUCCACGAACCGAUGGAUUUCACCAAGAUCGCCGCCAGGCUCCGGGCAUCUACUACAUCCACCCUGGAGCAGCAGCAGCAGCAGCAGCAGCAGCAGCAGCAGCAGGCUGACGGCGGCGGGGACAUUGGCGGGGGGCAGCACGCGGACGCUUCAAGACCACCCUUGUCCGACGUUUCGGACGGAAACGGUGGGGAAGCGGCGGCGGCAGCGGCGGCAGACGUGCCAUCUCCCGAUGCGGCCGCGGGGAGCGCCGGCGCCGCUGCUGCCGGUACCCCGGCCGCGCCGUACACGAACGUGCCGGCCUUCACGAGGGACAUGCGGCUGGUGUUCCAGAACGUGCAGCGGAUGUGGCCCCCCGGGAGCAUCGGCGGGGAAAACAGACUCACCAAGGCCGCGGACGCGCUGAAGCUGGCGUUCGAGAUGAGGUGGAGCGCGCUCGCUCCGCGCGUGCACAGGGUUCAGGUGGGAGGGGUCAGGCGGGAGAGGGAGGCGCUGGAGACCGCGAGAUUGGAGGCUAAGGAUAGGGAGGCGCGAGAGAGGGGGGAGGACUGGGCUCCGCCCGCCAAGUUUCAGGAGCAAAUGGGGAUGCCGAAGGAAGAGGACCUCAACUCCUGGAGCCACCACUAUUCCACAGACACGGCGGAUGACCCGGUGUUCCGGGGAGCGAUGAUGGGCACCGGGGACUCUUUGGUUAGCUUCGUGUUCGGCCUGGAGGUGACCUGGGACUUGCUCUCGGUGCAGCUGGAACAGGAGGCAGAAGCCCGGACCCUGGAUAUCAAGGUCAAGAACGACGCGCGAGCAGCACGGGCCGCCGAGAAAAAGAAGGCCGCGUCUACCGCGACCGCCGCCGCCGCCACCGCCGCCGGCACCGGCACCGACGACGACGGCGAUGUUGGCGACGGCGCGGUUGUUAAGACCGAGGGCGGAGGUGGCAGCAUCACCAAGGGCAACAGGAAGAAGAGGAAGAACGACGGUGCGUGUGGCGGGGAUGGGCGCGAGGUGGAAGGUUCGACGGUGGGGGUGGAUGGUGGCGGCGCGGCGGCCGGCGGAGGAGGUGAGGGCGGCGAGGAUCCGGAGGUAGGGGACGGGGGAGUGGAGAUGGGGACGGGGGGGGAGGAGGAGGAGGAGGAGGGGAGGAACAAGGAGGAGGAGGAGGAAGGGGAGGAGGACGAGGAGGACGAGGAAGAGGAGGACGAGACUUGGAUGGACGAGGAGGGUGACGGGAGCAAGGCUACGGUGGCGCCGGCAAGUGGCAAUCGUCGAAGGAAAGCGAGCACCGAGCAGGGCGUUCAACGAAGCAUGUGCAGGGAAACGCAAGUGAUGGAAGACGAAGAAGACGAAGCAGACGAAGAAGACGACGACGACGACGACGGUGAGCAAGUGGUGGCGCCUACGGCGGAGGGGGAGGGUACGCAGAUCGAGGGGGCCGCGGCGAAUACUCCCGGCGGUGAAGAGGAGAGGGGUGGUGGUGGUAUCGGCGGCGACACCGAGGAGGAGGAGGAGGAGGAGGAGGAGGAGGAGGAAGAGGACGAGGUGUUGGAGACGCCGCCUCUUGUUGGCUCUGCCGAAGCGGGAGAAGAGGAUUGGAGAGUUCCCACAACCGGUGCCAGCGAAUCCGCGGCGGCAGGAGGGGGCCCAGCAGCAGCAGCAGCGGCUGCAGGGGGGGGUGGAGACAAAGAGAACUCCUCCUUUCGGAGCCCGCCUAGCAGGCACGGAGAAAACCGGGACGCUAGCAGCAGCAGCGUUAGCAGGAGAAGGGAGAGGACAGGGGUAUCGAGCGGUGCUGCGGCGCAGGGGAGCGGCGGUGUCGGCGGCAGCGAGAAGAAGGAGUGGCUGUGUGCCGUGUGCACCUUCGCGAACGCCUUGUCGACACGGAAGUGCAUCAUGUGCUUGACAGGCUGUCGCCCCCCGGGGAUGGGGCGCUCGAAUCCCCUGUCCCCGCGAUCGUCCGGCGAUGCGAAUAGGGGACGGGGGCAGGAGGAGGAGGAGGGGGACGACGACGACGACGACGAAGACUUCGUGAGCGCCAAGAAGAAGCGGACCAACCAGAGCAAGAGCAACAGGGACGGCAAGGGGAAGAAGGGCAACGGCAAGUCCCCGCGAGAGACGGCGGGCAAGAAGGAGCAGAAGCCGGCUAAGGAGAAAAAGCGCAAGAGAGAAAUCUGGAUAGACGACGACGAAGACUUCGAGUAGAGAGCCACCGCCGCCAUCGUCACCGCCGUUGUGUUGUAAAUCCCCGAGUACCGCGCAGUCUUUCUUGUUCAUGGGGUCGAUUCGCCGGAGCCCCCUCUGGUCUAGGGGUCACUCGAUAGGCACCCCCAAGACUCACGGUCAUGCUUUGUUUUGGUCCGGAUUCGAUAGCCUUCUUAUGUUCGAACCCUUGGACGUUGCUCCAUUCAAGGAGCGGGGUGGAGGGGGCUACCUGAUGGUAGAGCAUGUGCCAGCCUCGUGGCCGUCUCGAGAAGGGUGUGGGACUGCUUUUGCGUGUCGUCAGCACGGCCGCGCUUUGCGUGUCUCGAGCACGCACCUUCAAUGUACAACACUUCGUGCCACCACCACGGGGGAGGAAGUAUAGCGGUGUGCGCCAAAAGUGAAGCGGAAGACUUCCGUGUUGAUUAGUUGCCACAUGUUGCCGUUACCCCGGCAGAUAUCGCCCCACGUCCCUGGGCGAAACGACUAGUUUACCCGCAGAUAUUGCUCCGGUGUAGAGUACAAAUAGUGCUGCUGUUGCGCUUACUUGACCUCCGGGAGUUACAAAUAUCCUUCCAACUCGGGCUGCUGGUCUGUGAGACUCGGUUGGUUUUGGUUCGAUCGUUGUGGCGCUAUGUUGCCGUGUAGUUUAUGUGCCGUUUGGUUGUUACUCACGCAAUGUAUAUUUUUGAAGGAUGCAAUAGUCGACGUCGAGCAUGUUGCUAUCAGCGUCCCUAGGAUGGCUUUUCAGCGUGUCUUUCGGUGGUUGCACGGCCGCUUGUGCUCUGUUUCGGUUGCGAUUUGGAUACGGAGGUUUCGAAACGAUAUCGUUUGGUCUCCAAAAUCAGGCGGGAUCUCUCGCGUGUAUUGUAUAGCGAGGGGUUGCCCACCCAUUCCCGCCCUCCCCUCCGUGUAUGUUGGUUGUUGGCCAGCUGGAUUCGUUGCAUUCGUUGCAGCCGUUUUCCUUGUUGGCACUCGCAGUUAGGAUGGAAGGAAGACAGUCGCAUCUAAGUUGUUUUCGUGAGUUGGGUGCAGUCGCCAUCUUUGCAUGCAGCCAAUCCUGGUCCAUUUGAUUACUAUGUUGUUUGGUGCUGCCGUGUGCCACGAAUGUCGGGUUCAAAGUGCAUGUAGAGGUUCGUGACCGGGUGUGUUCGUGCUGUCGUAGAAUUUACACCUGUUAUGAGCGUAUCGUAUCUGGUGUCCAGCGUUUUUGUGCGUAUAGACUAGUGGGUGUCAACCUGCUUGUUAUGUUGUUCACACGUGGGAAGGCGAGAGGGAAGGCCGAAGAAAUAGGAUACUGGGAGGGCGUUUUGGCCGGUUGCAACACGUUUGUUGAUACAAGUGGAGCGAAUUUGGCCGAAUGCACUGUUUUUGGCCUAGGGUGCCUCUUGUGUUCAUGACACUUUUGGGGGUAAUGAAACCCAUUCCCGUGAAGCGUGAACGCAUUUUCUCUCUGUUCUACAGGAGAGCUGGAUUAUCAGCCUCCUGCUGCGAUAGGUCGCACUCCCAGAGCUCAUUUUGCUCUUCGUUCGCGCCCUCGUGCAACGCUGCUGUUGUUGGACACCAUUCAUGUAUCAUUUAUCGUACACUUCCAUAAAAUCGACACAUUUGUUUCGGCACCUCGCCUUGUUGGUGUGUAAAUGACGCAGGACGUUCCAAUUCCCAAUCCCAUGAAAACCUUGCAUAACUGAUGCCCUUGUUGUAUUCAUUCACCGAUACAUGUCGACAGGGCCUUCAAACUCUCUACAAAAGUGGUACAAUAAGACUAUCAAUGUCUUCACAUUCAAAAAUAUACUAUACCUGGUAGACGAAAUGAAACUGCAGUCGAAUCCGGCCAGACACGCCGGAGUAAGGUGUACGGAAAUGAGAGUUUUUUAUUCGAUCUUGGUCAACGACGCUGGAGUUCCCAUAUACUUGGCGCGUAAGCCCCACACUCGCGGUAUAGGUUGCGUCGACAGCAGUAGGACAGAGCCACGCGCGGGCAAAAGAAAGAUCGUGGCAAGGUAUACACCGGUAGAUCUGGCCCCCACUUGUAAUACAGUCUG